AACAUUCGCCCGUACGGAAACCAAUGUGUUUUAUUUAUAGUAAAUGUUUCCUGAAAAACUUGAAUGGCUUCGAAACAUAGUGUGCUUUGUUUCCUGCUGACAAGGAACAUGGAAUCAACCCCAAACAUCGCCAAUCUGUAACUACAAGCAUAAGGUCAUGUCGUGACUUUCGUGUGUUCAUUGUGUAUGUUUAAAACUCUCCCCCAGUUCUGCUCUGGGUACAUUUCAUUUUGCAUACAACGCUGUCUUAACAUUUUUGAGAAACAAUUUGGUUUCCACUUUUUUCAGAAAGAAAAUUGCAUGGAAAUAUUGGAGCUGUUGUCACUUGCUUGCAUUGUUGGGAUCUCACAAGUUGCACCAUGCAGAGACGGUCAGCACUGUUCAGACUGUAGUAACAUCUCGGGACAGUGUCUCACACAAUGUGACCAUGGCUAUUUCGUCCUGAAGUGCAAAUCUGUCUGCAGUAAGACGUGCAAGGGAAACCUAUGCCAAUCUUCAGCUACUGGCAUUGGCGUGUGUUCCGAAGGAUGUGCGUCUGGAUACCAGGGCGGAAGGUGCCUCAUACCAUGUGACAGUCCAGGCGGUGGAUGUACAGAAUGUCCAGGUGGUUGUGAUGGAGAGUACUGUUAUCUGGACGCUGUGUCCUGUGUGUCUGGCUGCAGUGAUGGGCACUACGGAUCUGACUGCAAGAAGUGUUCUGACAGAUGCAAAACAUGCAACAGGACAUCAGGGGCAUGUUGGGAGUGCCAUCCGCCAUAUUUCGGCCGGAACUGCGAGUAUUCAUGUGAUCGAUGUAUAAAACCAUGCAACUUUCGUUGUUUCCAUGGAUGCCUACCUGGGUUUUAUGGCCCUUUCUGCAGUAAGAAUUGCAGUGAAAACUGUCGAGUCAACCACACUUCUACGAACGAAACAGCUGCUAUUUCCGAAUGCCAAGAGAAGAGCGGAAAGUGUACCUAUGGAUGUAAAGAUGGCUGGGUCGGUUUACAAUGCUCCAAUCAGUAUGGGGCUAAUGCUGUUACAAUAGGACUUUCAACAGGAUCAGCACUUCUAUUUCUGAUGUUGAUGGCAGUGUGCUACCGGUGUCGAAAUGUCGUGAGAUGUGACAGGAUGAAUAAAUAUGUUCUCCCUGCGGCCUUCCCUCUACCUGACAGAGUGGAGGAACACAAAGAUGACCACGCUGUUGAGUACCAUGGAUAUUGUGAAAUACUGGAAGACGACGGCAACAGGAGUCACCAGCCUAUCAUGAACCCAGAAGAAGGAAGUGAUUCUCCAAUGCCUGUUUUGGCAGAUUGUUUCCCAGCAGCAGGACACGGAGGUGGAGGAAGAGGAGGAGCAGGACCGGGUCCAUCAAACGCCCGACAAGUGCGGGAUGUCUGUGUGGAUGACACAAACACUGUCGUCAACUACAUAUCGCCAGUUGAGUGAUACUGAAAAACGUGACGUGUAUAUUCUGUAGGCAUGUGCUACGGUGUUUCUGAAUUUCCAAUCUAUUCAUCCGUGAAGGUCCGGUUUAGAAUUGAUCUUCAGUAACACAUGCUUGUCGUAAGAGGCGACUAACGGGAUCAG